CUUUGCAGCUUAGUAUUUAAUGUGAUCUAAGUUUGCACCUGAUGUGUUGUUACUACUAAAUGUGUGAAUAGUGCUUUAAAGUACUUAUAUUUUGUUGAAAUGGAGCAAAAAUUGGCAGAAUAUAGGGCGAAAAAGCAACGGACAGAACUAAUAAACCAAACUAAAGAAAAAGUUAAAAGUUUCUUUGUGUUCAAGCCAAAAGAAAUAAUUGAUGACAGAGACAAUGUUGAAGUAAGGGAGAAGCUUCUUGAUGAUGUGAAUGAGGACGAUGUAGAUGAAUAUGUUGAUGAAAUUAAGAGUGAUGAUGAUAUUGAUGAGACUACAUGUUGCACAUAUGUAGAUAUGCUUUAUUAUGGCCUGUUCAUUCUACUGUGGUGUGUUGUGUGGCUCAUUUUCAUCAAGCUGCAAUUUGGUGCUGUCUAUUUCAUAUUCUCUGCAUUUAUAUUUAUCUACUUUAAUACUAGAACCAGCAAAAAGAGGAAACAUGAAGUCAGUGCCUAUUCAGUUUUUAACAAAAAUUGUGAAAGUAUUGAUGGGACCCUGAAAGCAGAACAAUUGGAGAGACAAAUGAUUUAUGGUCGGUUAACAUGAUUAAAGUAUAUUUGGAAAACAUCUGUAGAUGAUGUCAGUCAAAUGGACAUGAUGUAUAUAUAUUUAAAUAUUAUUAUUU